CAGGUAUUGUAUAGCUGUGACAAUGGUUCCAGCUACAUUGGUAGCUGUGACAGUGAGUGUGUAGAUAGUGGAGGGGUCCAACUGGUGGAUGGUGUAGGUAGUGCCAGACAGAGGACCACUGGUGCUCUCAGUGCCUCUGUCAGUGGGUCUCCAGACCAUCUCCCAACUGGCCACCAUCCCAAUGGACACACUCCAGGAGAGGGAGAUGGAGGUGGCUGCUAUGGAGCUCACUGACACCAGCACCUGCCCUGGAACUGGGACUAG